AUGUCGUCCUUUUUUACAUUGCCCGCUUCACAGCGAAAGCGGAAGAGAGACGACCGCGCCGCAGCUCCGGCUUCGAAAAAGCGAGGCGUAGAUGCGGACGGAGAUUCUGGCGCGAAGGGAAGAAGCAGGACGAAAGAAAGAGACCAAUCUAUUUCUGGCAGUGACCUGGAUGAUGAUGACGAGAGCGUGGCGUCGGCAGUAUCCGAAGAGGAAAGUGGUUCGGAGUCUGAGGAUGGCGAGACGGCAGCAGAGAGAAGAUUGAAACUCGCUGAGAGGUACUUGGAAAAUGUGCGGGAGGAGGUGGACGACUAUGGCUUCGAUGCUGCUGAGAUUGAUCGAGAUUUGAUCGCCGAGAGACUAAAGGAGGAUGUGGAUGAAUUUAAAGGGCGCUCUUAUCGUCAGAUAGCUUCGGAGCUAGCAUUUUUGACGGCGACGCCAUCGUUUUUCCGCGCAGAUACCCAGUCGACAACUUCAAUUGCAGUACACCCGCCUUACGUUUAUACAGUGUCAAAAGACAAGACGUUGAUCAAGUGGGAACUCGCAAUGCCGAGUCACGCUUCCGCAACAGUCCCAGCGACAAAUGGACAGAAUGAGGGAUCUAAGCGACCUGCAAGGCCUCAACGGAAAAAGCCAAAGCAAGUGAAGUUCGCUCGGGGAUUAAGAAAAGUCGCAGAGACCGGCGAGGAACAUGGUCAUACCAAGGCUAUUCUUUCAGUAGCCGUGUCGCCUUCGGGAAAAUUCGUGGCUACUGGUGGAGAGGACCGGAAGUUGAUCAUCUGGGAUGCUGCUACUUUGACGCCAAUGCAGACCUUCAACCAACACCGCGAUGCAGUUAGCGGGCUCGCCUUUGUUCGACAUAUCUCCACUAUGAGCUCCGGUGAGCAAUUAUUUUCGGGCUCUUAUGACAGAACCAUCAAGACAUGGUCGUUGAGUUCGGCCGGCCAUGCCUACGUUGAGACCCUGUUCGGGCACCAGGACAAUGUGUCGUCAGUCGCCGCCAUGGCUAUAGAUCAGUGCAUCAGUGUUGGCGCACGCGAUCGCACUGCUCGGUUGUGGAAGGUCGUCGAAGAAACACAACUGGUCUUCCGUGGCGGAUCAUCAAAAAACACGUAUCAGGAAAAUACCAUCGACUGUGUAGCACCUCUACCCCCCUCCCAUUUUGUCACAGGCUCAGAUUCCGGCUCCAUCUCCCUCUGGUCCAUUUACAAGAAGAAGCCUCUCCACACGAUCCAAUGCGCUCACGGCUUAGACCCUCUACCGCCACUAGACGAGCUCUCAGCUGAGGUCGAUCAGAAACUUGCAGACUCAAACUCCCGUUUCCUGCGGCGCAUGCCCCGCUGGAUCACAGCCUUGGCAACAGUUCCCGGCACCGACAUCGUUCUUAGCGGCAGCUGGGACGGCUUCAUCCGAGCCUGGAAGGUUUCGGAGGACAAGAGGACAAUCAUACCGCUUGGCCCCGUCGGCGGAGGGAAGCUCGGAUCCGCUGCACCAGACACGCCGUCUCGUCAGCUCAAACAAACGUUGGAGCUUAACACCGCCACCGACGCAGACACUAUGUCCGUCGACGAGCCCCAGAAUCAACCCACCGAGGACACCGAGGACACCAAGGACGAAGCCGAGCCUCUCAUCAAGGGUGUCAUUAAUGAUAUCGCCGUCUUUGAGCGUCGUGCCGACACGGCCAAACCCGGCCAAGGCCCGGCCGAGUCCAAGUCCAAGAUCAAGUCGUCCGAGCUUGAGCCCCGAGGUCUCUGCAUCGUCGCUGCUGUGGGGAAGGAACACAGGUUUGGGCGCUGGAAGUGCUUUACGAACAAUUUCCACGAGGGUUCUGCAGCUGACGGCCGCAACGGCGCGGUGGUUUUUGAAGUUCCCUUUAUUUCCGACAGCAAGCAGUGA